AUGUCCCACUCUCCCUUCUCCCCUCUCCCCCCCUCCCGCAUCCCUCCCCCCCUCCUCUCCCUCCCCAGCACCCUGGCCAACAACGCUCUAGAAUAUGCCCCACUUUCCCUUUUUCCCUCUCCCCCUCUCCCUCCCUCCCACAUCCCUCCUCAGCAACCUCGCCAACAACGCUCUAGACUUCCUCUCAGGCAAUCGCCUCACAGGCUGGUUGCUGGACCUCCCAGGCCCGAGCAAGGCAGCGCACUCUCUUUCUACCACAACCACCUCACAGUCUCCUACUCUUUGCUCUCUGCACCUCCCUCACCCCCCCACAGCUUCCUCUCAGGCAAUCGCCUCACAGGCAGGCUGCCGGACCUCUCAGGCCUCAGCAAUGCAGUCUCCCUAUCCUUCUACGACAACCUCCUCACAGGCCCUCUGCCCCGCCUCAACCGCUCCGACAUCACCUUGCAGCUAUACGGCAACCCUCUCUGCUCGCCCUACACUCCUGACAAGCAAGCCGCCUGCUCCCCACCAGCCGACCUCAUGCAGUACACCGCACCCUCCUUCUGCCAGGGCUUCGCCUGUGAGGGCGACCUGUACAGCCCCAGCAUGCCGCUCUUUCAGCAGUCCAGCCUCUGCAUCUGCGUGUCGCCACUGCGCGCUGACGUGGCGCUUUACCUGUCGUCCUACGUGGUGUUUAAUCAAGCGCUUGUGGAUCGGCUCGAGGAGAUUCUGUUUCAGGAGCUGGUUGGCGGGAAGUUUGGGCUCAAUAUCACCAAAUCACAGGUGCUAAUUUCAGCAAUCAAGAGCCCCUCCUCUCUCCCCUCCCUCGCCUCCACCUUUGCAUCGGACCACACCACCCACGAGUCCACCACCACCGUCUCCAUCCUCUUCUUCCCUCCGGUCGGGGACGACAGCUGGUACCCGCGCGACCUCCCAAAGGGCAUCAAGCAGGCACUCUCGCUGCGCAACACCGAUCCCACGCAGCAGAUGAAUCUGAGUGAAUUCGGGUCGAUCCUCUCUGUGCACUUCCACGGCCCUGCGCCAUACAACCCUCCAUUGCAGCCGGCCGCAUCGGGGCUGAGCACGGGUGCCAUCGUGGCCAUCUCUGUGUGCUCCGCUGCUGUUGCCAUCGCCCUCAUCGUUGCUCUGCUCAUGCGCCCAUGGGAGAGACGAGGGUGGAGCAAUGCGGACUACGAGGCUCUGGAGGGCAUCAACCUGCAGCACGCGCGGCGCUACUCGCUGUGGCAGCUGGCAGAGGCAACCCAUGGGUUCGAUGACUUGGCGGUUCUGGGAGAGGGAGGGUUCGGCACGGUGUACCGGGGAGUGCUGAACGGUGAGCCGGUGGCGAUCAAGAAGGCGAAUGAGAAGCGGCGGCACGACGGGGUGGAUUUCAAGAACGAGAUCGAGAUGUUGACGGCGGUGUCACACGGCAACCUGGUGAAGCUCACCGGCUUCUGUGUGGAGAAGGACGAGCAGCUGCUGGUGUUCGAGUUCAUGGAGGGGGGGGCUCUGGAUGCUUGGAUCAAAGGAUGUUUGUUCUGUGUGGAGAAGGAUGAGCAACUGCUGGUAUUCGUGUUCAUGGAGGGGGGGGCUCUGGACGCCUGGAUCAAAGGUGUGUGUGGCUCCCACUGGAUCAAAGGAAAGACGGGGCGCGUUCUAUCGUGGAAGGAGCGGAUGCGGAUUGCUCUUGAUGCGGCGAGUGCGCUUCACUACUUGCACAAGGAGAUGAGACCCGGCAUCAUCCACCGUGAUAUCAAGCCGGCCAACAUUCUGCUGACAGCAUCUCUGGAAGCCAAGGUGGCGGACUUUGGCAUUUCCAAGUCGCUGCAAGAAAAGGGAGAGCUGGUGCAGGAGGAGAUCAUCGGAAGCAAGGGCUACAUCGAUCCGCACUUUGCGGUGUCAGAGGUGCUGACGGAGCGCAGUGACGUGUUCAGCUUCGGGGUGGUGCUGCUGCAGCUGGCCACGGGGCAGCCGCCCGUCAUUCAGGGAGUGCCGCUCAGCCAGGUCGUGCUGCACCUCGCCUUCGGCCCGCAAGGCCUCUCCGCUGCUGUCGACCCCAAACUCUCCCACUUCCUCCGCGCCCGGGGGGAUCCCACUGCUGCUGCUGCUCCUGCUGCUGCCUCCGCUGCUGCUGCUCCAGCUGCUUCUGCCGCUGUUGCAAAAACUAGCUCUACUGGUGCUGCUGCCGCUGCUGCCGCUGCCGGUGCUGCUGCUGCGGGUGGGGAAGUGAGUGCAGGGGAGAUGGUGGAGGGGUUGGAGGAGACGUUCGCCACGUUCCUGCGGGUGGCGCUGUGGUGCACGGCAGAGCACCCAUCGCUUCGUCCCGACAUGGAGCAGGUCGUAUCUGCGCUGCGCAGCAUCAGGGACCAACUCAGGGCGCUACCUGGGGGAGGCGCUGCUGCUGACGGCUCACUUCCCCACCAUGCUGGCAGUGCAGCAGCAGCAGGUGCAGGUGCAGGUGCUGCUGGUAUUGUGGGACCUGCAGGAGCAAUCCCUAGCGGCGCCAAUGGUUAUAACGCAGCUGCUGGUAACCAGCGAGGUUCAGCAGCAGCAGGGUUCAGCCCAGGGGGGAGAUCUCCUGAGACUGGGCUCACAGGGGCACCGUCUAGUAUGACCACUCUGUGGAACCCCAUGGGGGAUUCUUCGUCCGGUCAACCCGGGUCAAACUGGUCAAACCUGGGUGAGGAGCAGACGACGUUGAUGGACGGGUAUGACGACACAGGCACACAGAACCACACGUUGACGGGGCCGCGUGCCCGAUAG